CGGGCUCCCGUUAAAUCCCAGCUCCCGGAGGAGCCGGUCCUUGCACAGACCCACCCUUGCGGUUUAUGAGCUCCAGGUGCUGGAGGUGCUGCAGCGGAGCCGCGCAGGAGUGGGGACGAGCCGCUGCAGCCCAGAUUCUUAUUCCGCUGGAGACUGGAUUGAAGACGGGGGUCUGAGGUCCUUGCUGGAGGAAGGAGGCGAGGAGGAGAAGGAGGUUUCCCUUGGCCUCUAAGCUGUGAAACCGGAAAACCAAAACAUGUCCCAGGUCAUAGAAUCCCACGUGCUGCGUGUUGGACAGACUGUGUGCAUUUCCUCGCCGGAGGAAAGCAAGAGCCUGCACCCGGCGGGGUACCCGGGCAAGUACGUCUACUACUCCACAGAGAGCUGGACUGACCCCCCCUCCAUGGUGCACCCCAAGGCUCGCCUGCUCCCCAGGUGUGGAGCCCAGCCCGUGCAGCAGCAUGUGGCUGCUCACACGCAGGGGAAGGGCCAGCAGAAUUCCUCCUUGGAGAGACCCCCUGCCCCGUGCCAGCCGAAGGAGGAGGAGAGCACCAGCACGGAGCCUGAGGCUCAGCCAAUGUCUCCCUCCCUGGACAUAACCAUAGAGACUCUCAACCAGAUGAUCCUAGAGAUUGAUCCCACCUUCCAGCCGCUGCCGUGCAGGCCCGUGAGGGCUGCAGGCCAGCCUGCUGCUCAGGGUGACGCUGCGGCCACCAAGAAGCAGGAGCAGGAGGCAAUAGACAUCAAGUACAUAGAGCUGACACCAGGCAGAGCCACAGGGCCUGACCUGCCACAGGGCUCCUCAGGCACCCCCUUCUCCUGGUCCUCUCAGAUUAACAGCUUCCUGCCCCAAAAAGGGGCACUGGGAGGCAAAUACAGCACCAGUGACAGCGUGGUUUUCUCGAGCCCACCCGGACCCUCGAGUCCCCAGCCUGCCACCCUGAGCUGCAGCAAAGCAUCCGAGAGCACCAGCGCUCCCUGGCAGUGCCUGGCAGGACACACGGACACGGUCUCCUACAGCCCCGGGGCCCUCAGCACCUCCCCAGGUGUUGACAAUCUGCUGAAGCCCGUGCAGGUGCUGAGGGCCCGGCAGAGGGGAAGCUGGGUGUCCCAGCUCUCCACCAGCCCCGGCUCUGACACCAGCUACAUCCUGGGCAGCAGCACCCACUCGCUCCACAACGACGACUCGGACGCUUCGGCCGCUGCCUCCCUGUCCCCCGCCAGCUCCCUGGGCAGCCCGUGCUCCCCUUCCUCGGGCAUUGUGCAUCACCCCAGGGAGGCUUUUGGCCAGAGCUCCCCCCAGCCCCGGGCAGGCAGCUCCCCCAGCACCUCCCUGGCCCAGAAGGGCCAGGCCAGCAGCUGCCCCCCCUCCAACCUCACCUCGGCGGCCGACAUCCCGGUGCUGCUGGUGAACGGGUGCCUGGAGCAAGGAGAUGGACCCCCCCAGCUGGCCAAAGCCCCCCCCAGCUGUGCCACGCAGCCCCCCCUGGGUGGCUGCAGCCCGGCCUCGAGGCUCGGCGGCCUGAACACCGCGCAGUCAGCGCCCGCGCUCAGCUGCCUCUCGGACAGUCCCCUGAAGGCUGGGCAGCCCACCAUGAAGUUUGUGAUGGACACAUCCAAAUUCUGGUUCAAGCCAAGCAUCAGCAGGGACCGAGCAAUCCAGCUGCUGAGGGACAAGGAGCCGGGCACGUUCCUGGUGCGGGACAGCACCUCCUUCCGGGGCUCCUUCGGGCUGGCCAUGAAGGUUCCUGGCUCUCCCUCCGGCAGCCAGACAGGCGAGGACAGCAGUGACCUGGUCCGGCACUUCCUCAUCGAGUCCUCCACCAAAGGGGUUCACCUGAAGGGUGCCAGCGAGGAGCUGUAUUUUGGGAGCCUCUCUGCCUUCGUCUACCAGCACUCCAUCACCCCUCUGGCACUGCCCUGCAAGCUCAGCAUCCCCACCCGAGAUCUCGCCGAUGGAGAGGACAGCCCUGACUGCGCUCCUGAACCUGCCCUGUCCCUGGCCAGGAAAACUGCAGUGUGCAACGUCCUGUACCUGAACUCAGUGAAUGUGGAGACGCUGGCAGGAGCCCCAGCCAUCCUGAAGGGCAUCUCCUGCACCCUGGAGCUGGAGACACUGCCCACCCCAACCCUGGUGCACUUCAGGGUGACGGAGAAGGGCGUCACGCUGACCGACGUGCAGAGGAAGGUGUUUUUCAGGCGACACUACCCCUUGGCUGCCAUCAGGUUCUGUGGGAUGGACCCUGAGAACAGAAAGUGGCAGAAGUACUGCAAGUCCUCCAGAAUCUUUGGGUUCGUGGCCAAAAGCCAGACAGACUCGGAGAACCUCUGUCACCUGUUUGCAGAGUACGACACCGUGCAGCCCGUGUCCCUUGUCAUCGACCUGCUCCGCCAGCUCCUGCCCAGCCCAUAGGGACACAGCCCUGGGACGCUCAGGGCCAGCAGCUGCCCACACACUGCUGAGCUUCUCCUGCUCCCCUUCUCCUGCUUCUGGGUUGCAUUUUGGCAACAGCACGUAUUUUGAUUUUUUUGUUCUGCACCAUCGCAUCAGGAGCCUCAGCUGAGGACUUUCAGCUCUGGUGGGAUGAGAUGCUCCUCCAAGCCUCUCCAUGGGGCACUGGCUGCCCUGGGGAAGGGACGGGAGCUGCCCAGGAGGGAUGGGAGCUGUGCUCUCUAUGGAACCACUGUCCCUCAACUGGACUAUCUGCUUUGAAGAACCACAAUGCUCUGGCUGGGGUUGCCACCAGCUGUGAGGUCCCCUGUUCUUGGGGUGUCUGGGCUGGGGGAGGUCCUGGAGCUGAACUGAGCUGAGCUCCCACCACUGGGGACUCAGCCCUGACACCCCAGUGCUGCAGGAGGGAAAGUCUGGGGGAGGAAUCACCCCCUGAGCAGCACAAAGAGGCAGCUUUGCAAAUCAAAGUGUAUAAAAUGACUAAGUCCUGCUGGAAACCUGCUUCCCUCAAGGAGCAAGCAGCAUCCCCAGGCGGGAAUGACAGAGCAGCUCAUUUUUCCUGGUGCUGGGAAAUUCUCCGGCCCCUUUACGCAGUGCGGGGUUGCGGGCGGGGCUCGACCUCCCAGCGUUGCAGAGAGCUGGGAAAUGAAUGGUGACAUUUUCAUGACAGUGAAACAUCGGCUUUUUGGAAAUGACUUGCCUGAAUUUGGGCCGGAUUCUCAGAUGACGUAAAUUGGCAGGGCCUCGAGGAAGACGGUGCUGCCAUGAUCUGCAGCAGCUGAAGGGUCAGCUCGUGCUGUGGCUCCGAGCAGAAAGCAGCUCUGGGGCCAUCAUGCUCUUCUCUGCCUUGGUUCUCAUUUGGUGCCUCUGCUUUGGUUUAAUUUUGGCCCCCAUGUUCACAAACCCUCUCAGGGGUAUUUUCAAUAAAGCGGUAGAACAUUUUUCAACAACACCUCGGGCAUGGCAGCAAUGGGGACACUUGCUCUGCUCCAGAGCAGCUGAGCAGAUGCACCCAGGGCAGAGUCCCUGUGCUCCAGCCAGGCUGUGGAAGGGGUCCAGCUGUGGCAAUGACCAGAGCAGAUAUUGGGGUCACUGCAGGGGGAGCAAAAGGGGCACCAAGAGGAGACAGCAGCAGCUUUGUUCCCCCAGUCCCUCAGCCCUGAGCUCUGCUCAGCCAGCACUGCAGGGUGGGCGCAGGAGCUGGUGCCCAAGGGAUCCAGCUGCCUCUGCUGUCCCCAUCGUGCUGCAGGGACCAGGGGGCUGCAGCUCCUCAAGGUCACAGGCAGCUUGGGCUGUGGGACCUGAGACCCUGGGGCAGCCCGGGACCCCCGGAGCUGGGCUCUGUUGUUAUCAUUUUGCUGGUCAGGAUCAGCAGCUGGGAAUGGGGACGGGCAAAGGCUUUGGCUCCACACGGUGCUUUGGGGGGUCCUGCUGCCCCCCCGAGCCCAGCCAGCCCUGGUAGCCAUCGGCACAGGGCCAGGGCACGAGGCUGGGCUCCAGGAGGCCCAUCUGCCGUGCCAGCAGAUUUCUGUGCUGUCUGCAUUGGCUGUGGCCCCAUCCCAGUGCUGUUUGCAGAACGCCAGCACCGCCGGCAGCCCGGCUCCGGUAACCGGAGCAUCAGGAUGGCGCCAGCCCCGGGUGGCACUGCCGGCGCCGGGAGCCACCAAACACGGACUCAGCGACCUCCUGGGCCGUGACCUCGGGCAGCACUGGCUGCAGACACCGGGACAGAGCCGAGCCGUGACCGGGAAGCGUGCGGCUGUCGCAAUUCCUGUGCCUGGGCAUCUCCCGUCGGCAUCCUGACACCCUCCCAAAACACCGAGCGGGGCUCGAGGUGCCCGCUGCACCCUGGCAGGCACCUGCACAUGUGGCUGCGGCACUGCCUGGCCGCGAGCCCGUGUCCCUGGAGCAGCCGGUGCCUGUCCCUGCGUGCCCCUGAACUUUGAAGCCGGUCCAGGGUCCCCUCCCCAGCCUGGCGCCGUCUCCGGCCCUGCUGCUGCUCCGUGGCGCUGCGCAGGGCGACAGUGACAAUCCUGCCGGUGCCACCGGUGGAGACGCUGAGCCGGGAGUCAUGAGGAAGCAAGAAAUUAUUUGUUUCCCGCCCCAUCCCUGCCCAGUGAAGUUCUUCCAGAGGUUUGUGGGCUCCUGGGUUUCCAGGGCUGCUGAGCCCCAAACCCAGGCCGGGUCC